UAAUCUCCUCCAUCCCCUCUUCAUAGAACUAACUCACAAAAAGCUUUUUUGUUCUUUUGCUCUCUCCACUUUUCUCUCUCGUUUUCGCAAUUCCUCUUUUUGAUCGUCUUCCGGCGUGGUGUUUUGGGUCGGAAUCGCGUCUUGUUCAUCCGUUGCUGGAUUGUUUCUUCCCGGAAUUUUGGUUCGUUUUGGUGGUUUGGGUUACAGAUAAGGAUUCUAGGACGCUGUGCCUUUUUUGCACCUGAUUUUUUUCAGACUCUGCUUUUGGUUUGUGAAAGUUUCGAUGUUCAGAAAUUUCUAUAUUUGGUGUGUUGAAGCGUAGCUGCUGCUGGAGCUCCACUGUUGGCGCUUUUUUUCGGUAAAUCAGGUGGUUUUUGUGUGGAAACAGGCAGUGUUUUCGCCCUUUCGUGAGGCUUGGUUCAGUGAGGAGCAUGAAAUUUUGAGCUUCUCUUGUCGUUUUGUAAUUUCGAUGGAGAAGAAAGAUAUAUCGGAUAUGGAAGUUUGUUUGUUUCUGAAUCAGGAAGUGGUCCCUUCUUGGUAUUGUAAAAAGUCGUUUGUUAUAUAAAAGCCUUUCUUUCUGGAGAUUAAGUGUAUCGAAUCAGCCGAGGAAAUUUAGGAAUUGCUCGGAAAGAGGAUUUGGUGAUAUUGAUUGUGUCUGCUACUAUGGCUGUGGAGCAUAAUGGAUGCAAUGGAUCCAACAUUUCCUCACCUACAGGAGACAAAUUUUUGUUAGACUUGGGUUCCCCUACUACGAAGGCUAUCGAAUUGAAAGAGCAGUUGAAUUCCGGGGAUGAUGACUUCACUCCAAAGGCAAGGAAACCGUAUACCAUUACCAAACAAAGAGAAAGAUGGACUGAGGAAGAACACAGAAAGUUUAUUGAGGCUUUGAAACUUCAUGGCCGAGCAUGGAGAAAAAUUGAAGAGCAUGUGGGAACAAAGACUGCAGUCCAAAUUAGAAGCCAUGCUCAAAAGUUUUUCUCCAAGGUUGCUCGUGAAUCAAAUACCUGUGAAGCAAGUUCCGUGAAGCCAAUAGAAAUUCCUCCUCCUCGGCCUAAGAGGAAACCUGUGCAUCCAUAUCCACGCAAGCUGGUUUCUCCUGUCAAAACAAUGAUCAUAAUACCUGAGAAGCCUCUGUUUUCUGCAUCACCAAACACCUCGGAACGGGAAAACCAAUCUCCUAAAUCUGUCUUAUCUGCAGUUGGGUCAGAUUCAUCACUCGGGCCUGACUCCACUAUGCUUAAUGGCAGCCCUUCAUCUGCUACAUCCGCUCUAGUGCCCGAUCCCGGCAAUGCAUCGAGUACAGAGAUGCUGCCCAAGUGUCUUUUAGAAGAUGUUAUAUCUUCUCCGCCCAAUCAUGAUGAUCAGAAAUUGAGCCCUGAUGAAGAAGCUCCCGCUCCUGUUCCCCUGGGAGUGGAGCUUUCGUCGACUAACAGUAGUUGUGAUACAAAUCCAACUGAAUUCACCACCCAUAGCUUAAAGCUGUUUGGAAAAACAUUAUUAGUCGUGGAUCCUAACAAACCAUCGGAUUUGAAUGUGGAAAAGUGCAAAUCCGAAUCGCUCAAUUGGAACGAAGCAACUUGUUUGUUUUCUACAAGCCCUUGUAAUUAUUCGUGGAAAGCCUUUCCUGACGGAGUCAUGAAGAGCAACUUUUUGUGCGCACAAAUGGCACACGACGAUGAGUCAAACACGAUGAGUGCUCAUAUGCUUCCAUACCCAUGGCUGUCGCGUUGCAGCAAUGCUUCGGACGUGCAUAGUCCAACCCCAGUGAAAGCUCGGCUGUCGAAAAAGGCGAACACAGAGGAAAGUGAGGAGAUGAAAGAGGGAUCUUCGAAAGACUCGAAUAAUACCCUCCUAAUGUUUGAUCGGAAAGGUAUGGAAGAAGUGCCAUUUUUGCCAUUUUCGUCUCACAAGUUGAACAAGAGAAUCUCGGCGCGGUCGGGAUUCAUGCCAUACAAAAGAUGCUUUUCAAAGCAAGGCUCGGCCAUUUCCAAUGCGAAAACUGCUGUGAAGACGGAGAAGCAGCGAAUCCGCCUGUGCUUGUAACUCUGUAACCUGUUUCUUCAUUUCCUUAAGGACUUCCGGCGAUGACGGCGGCAACAGCGAUGGCCCGGGCCGGGUAGGGAGAUGUCUAUUUUGUCAGGUAUGGCUCUUCCCGUUGACUGUUAGUUAAUUAGCAUAUGUUGGCAUCAUCUGUGAUAUAUAUAUAUAUAUAUGCAUUGUAUGUAUGUGUGUAUUUAUGCUGUGUUGAUGGUUUUUGCUGUGUAUUAAUUGUACUGAAUAUACGUAUGCAUGCAUCUCCUUUGCAUUCCCUUUUUACCUUCGUAACUGUGAAUUAAUAAUGUGGGAACUUUGUUAAGUUCAGUUUUGUUGUAUA